GGGAGGAGACCACGUGACGUGCGCACCUGUUAGGCCGUGCACUGCUGAGCACGGGAGUGUUUUGAUGCAGCCGCGCGCGCGUCGGUGUCGCUCUUCGUUUUUGUUCUGCUCAUCCGGACCGAUUAUUCUUCUUGAAGUUCUUCAGUUUGACCUUUCUGAACGUCAACAUGCCAAGGACCAAGCACACCCACACACACACCCACACCCACAGUGGCAGCAAACACAAACACAGGCAUAGCGAGGUCAUGUCCAAUGCAGUCUACCCUUACCAUCAAGGGGAACACAUGCUGCACUUCUACCGCUGGACCUCCCCCCCAGGAGUGAUGAAGAUACUGGGCAUCAUCAUCAUCAUUUUGUGCGUGGCCGUGUUCGCAUGCGUGGCCUCCACUUUGGCGUGGGAGUAUGAAAUGGGCCUCAUGGGAGGUGGAACUAGCUUAAUCCCAGGUAUCGGCAGCUCGUACAGUGGAAGUUCCUACGGUGGGUCCUACGGUGGGUCCUACGGCGGCUACGGAACAGGUGGUUCCGGUGGUUCCGGUGGAUCCUAUGGCUAUGGAGGAACGCAAGUGGAUCCCAAAUCUGGCAAAGGCUUCAUGAUUGCCAUCUCUGCCAUCACCUUCAUUGCUGUCCUCAUCAUUUUUAUCAUCGUUAUUUCAAGACAAAGCACCUCUCGCACUACCCAGUUCUACCUGGCAACCAUCAUCAUCAGCGCCAUCUUGGCGUUCCUGACGAUCAUCGCCACCAUUGUUUACAUUGUGGCCGUGAACCCAAUGGCGCAGUCCUCCGGCUCAAUGAUGUACAACCAGGUGUACCAGAUGUGUGCGCAGUACCAGACGCAGACCCAGGCCCAGGGCAUCUUCUUAAACCAGUACAUGUACCACUACUGUGUGGUGGACCCUCAGGAGGCCGUAGCCAUUGUACUGGGCUUUCUGGUCUUCAUCGGCCUCAUCAUUCUACUGGUGUUUGCGGCUCGGACUCGUUCCCAGAUCCGGUACUGGGGCGUGGACAGAGUUUUGUGGGAGGAGCCAAAGGUCGCUAGUGCUGGUUUCCACAACAGCAUCGGAGAGUGGAUCAACAACGUGUCAGAGAAUCCUCAAAUGCUCGUCAACUCCCCCAAUGACAUGGUUGGGGGUUUCAGAGACCACCCGGAUAAGAUGGACUACAACAAACCUUUGUACCUGCCUGGGGACUCGGACAUGAGCAGCUCUGUGGAGGGGCUUAAGUCCAGGCUGACAAACUACGACCCUGGAAUGGAUUCUGGAGAUGAGCUGGAAGAAGAGGACUUUAGUGUGUUGUUUCCAAAGAUUCUGGAUGAGCAGGAGCGUCUGACCUACAAACGGGAGUUUGACCGGGACCACCUGGAGUACAAGAACCUGCUGGCUGAACAGGAGGAAAUCAACCAGGACCUGGCAGACCUGGAAAGAGAUCUAGACCGGCUCCCAGAGGGCAGUCCCCAGUUUCUGGAUGCCAUGAGUGAACACACGAGACUACGGAACCUGAAGAAGACCCCCCAUUACCAGAUGAGGAAAAAACGGUGCAGGUUCUUGCGCUCCAAACUGUCCCACAUCAAGAAGCAGAUCAGCGAGUACGACUCCCGGCCAUGAGCAGCGGCGUCCCUUUGAGGAACACUGGAGUACUUCCUCCUUCAGGUCUUUAAGCUUCAGGGGGAACGUCUGUCUUCCAGAAGAGAGAUUCACAUCUGACAUGAAAUAUAGCUUUUUAUUCCACUAUAUAUGCAUUCCUUUUAAGUGAUUUUUAAUGUCGAUUUUUCUUUUUUCUUUUAUACAAAUGUUUCUUUUUCGAGCACAGAGAAGGCUGUGUUGAUGUAACAUGAACUUCUGUGGCUUCUUCGUCCCACAUCUGCAGGAAGCUUGUUUUUGUCCUGAAACUGCUGUAAAUGCUGUAAAUGACGAUUUCACUCAGGAAACAUUAAAACUGAUCUCGGCAGCUUCCCUGCUCCCUUUUUACUGGAACAGUCCAAUCAAAGACAAAACAGGAAGUUCGCUCUCCCCUGACAUGACGGCGGUGCUGCCGGUGCUGUUCCUGCUUCAGUCUCGCACAGCCUAAUCGUCCCAACUUCCAGUGACUGAGGAGGAUUUUUCGUGUCGCAUCAAAGCCUUAGAUCUUCCCUGGCAUCUCUUAAGUUUAUACUCUGAGCACGGAGACUUAAGAAAAAAUGGUGCAACAAAGAGAUAGUUGUGCAAAAAUUCCAACAAAUAAUUCUCUGCUCUGAGACUAAUACAUUAAAGAUGAACAGCAAUAAAAUACAAUAAUACAAAAACACAAAGGAAAGGCAUAUUUUUUAUGAUGGAUUAUUCAAUAAAGUACAGAAGAAGUAGAACAGAAAUUUAAAAGCUAAGUUAAUUAAUGGGCAUUGCUAAGAACAGGAAUUACUACAAAUUACAGGUUAAAUUCUUUUCACAACAACUGGACUGUAAAGAGACGUCGUGCUGCAGAGGGCUUUACGUUCAGACGGUAAUGAUGUGCUGCAGUGUGACUCUGGAUACGUGAAGAUGCAUUUUCUAAAUGGGCAAAGAGAUGAGGGCCAAACAAUGUCCACUGUUUCACAGUGACGGUUAAAGUUUGCAGGAGUAAUGUUGAUCUAUUUGUGUAGCUCUGGGUUCAAUUGUCCUUUAUGUGGUGCCUUGAGGCCACAUUGGUUUUAAACUGGCUCUUUAUUCAUAAAUGACAUUUCUAAAGGCUUAAGAAGCUGGUGAUUCUAUUGUUCCUCCUUUGUUUCCUCAGUUCAGCUAAAAUCUGGAUUUUCUGUUUGUUUUUUGCAUGAGCGUUCGAAUGAAUCAACCUCUGAAACAAAACCAUUCAACCUUCAGUGACGGUUCCGAAAAAUGUGAAGUUCUUUAUUAUUUUGUGGUGCUUCAAAGGCAUGGAAACAGUUUAUGUGACUGUUUCUAGAGUGGUAACUUUUCUUAAAAUGAUAGUUUCUGAUAUAAAUAUAUUAUUUGAAGGCUGCAGAUGAGAUGGAUCCACAGCUCCUCUGAAGGUCAUACUAAAAAUGUUUCUGCCAGAAAAGCUUCAUUCAGUCCUUCAUUUUGAACAUUUUAUUUUUGCUCUUUUAUUGAUCCUACCAUGGGUGGUGAUGGUGAUGAAUAUUAACAUCAAUAUUAAAGAAUGGUUAUAUUUAUUACAUAUAGAAACAAUCAUUUGGGAAUGUUGAACAUGAGACUUAUUACUCGAACACUGCACUCAUUUUUACAAGUAUGUAUUUUGUAUAAUUGUCACUGACUGUAUGCAUAUAGAUUACAUUCUGUUUUUAUUACUGUGCCGAAAAAAUAAACGUUUAAAAUCAAA